UGACAUCGAAGCUUGACAUCAAUCAUGAAACUCUCAUGUGAUAAAGGAAUUGUUCUCUCUUGGGCAUAACAUCCGAUUCUAUUCAGGCAAUCUUGCACUCGACCGCUACAGCCCUAUUUCAUUUUAAGUUCUCUGCAGGCAGUGGCAGAGCGGAAAGGACCCUGAAAGACCCUUCAACGACACUCCGUACACCCUCAUCCGUGGGUGUGACGUCUCACAUGCAUGAGCAAAUUACAAGCAGGGAAGAAAUUCCGAAGUUCUUUCGGCGGCUGCCUGAUUGUAUCUCCGGGAUUAUUAGUACAGAAAGACGAGAGGCAGCCAACGAUGAGUGUUGUUGACGUGGUAAUUCGCGCACGUCAUGUCCCGUACGAAUUUGUUCGCAAGCCUGGGUCUCAUGCCCGCAUUGAUGGGUUUGGGUCAUUUGGCACCAGCAAUAGGAGCUAUUCAUACUGCCACGGGCUCGUAUCAAUUUCCUGGCAGUGUACUUGGGCUCAUUGGCACGAUCUCUGCACUGGUGGACUCUAUCGAUAAAUACAAAGAUACCCCGUUAUCAAGGCGACCUCGAAAAUGGGUUUGGAAGACAUGGACUUAUUCUCUUUCGGCCAUUUGUGUUGCUUGCGCCUUCAUGUCGGGGCUGCAGACCGUGCUGUUGGUUCUUCGACCCCUGCCUCUGGGUCUUUUAUGGAGCGCACGUUGCGUUCCACUGUUCUCGAAAUCAGGAGGCCUACUUCUGAUCAAACCGAAAAGCUUCCUCGGCGAGGCAAAGUCGUUUGUUGUCGCAUUAUGCAUGGCCAGUGUGUGUGCACAGGCAAGCAUGGCAUAUUAUUGUCAAAGAGAAGGUUCUCACUGCAGUGAGGACAGGCUUCGCUGGAAGAGCUUUCAACUUGCCUGCCUGUAUCAAUUUCUACGAGAAACGGCUUGCGAUGUUAGAGAUAUCAGGGAGGACACGAUAGAGGGUUUGCAUACGUUGCCUGUGAAACUUGGAAAGCAGAGGACGCUUCUUCUCAUGGCACUAAUCGGUCUUCUACUGGACAUGGUCAUUACUCAAAGUGUGUUGUUGACAGCGGCAGGAAGUUUUGUGGUGAGAUUCCCACACGCGAUAUAUUCUUGUCUGCGGAUUGGGUCAACAAUAGCAGCAUACUCCUUGAUCUUACAAUACCCGAGAGCAAAUAUCUGGGCUUGGGGAACCAUGUCAUUGUUUGGAUUGACCCCUGUGCUAUUUGCACAGGCAGCUCUGAACCGUUGAGGGACGAAUAGUUGGACGAGAAUGGGUAAGAGUGACAAAAGUCGAAAAAUCAGAGCCGGUGUUGAAGACGAUUAGGACAUUGGAGAUAGACACUAGAUUCGAUAUAUUUAGAUGACAUCCA